AUGACUGAGCAAAAAGAACUCCCCCACAUCCGUGCGUGUCUUUUCGACAUGGACGGAUUGCUAAUCGACUCGGAGGACAAAUACUCCCAAAUCACAAACGAAGUCCUUGCCAUGUACGGCAAGCCUAUGCUUCCUUGGUCAAUUAAGGCGCAGCUACAGGGCCGUCCACAACCGGAGGCUAGCAAGAUCUUCCAUGAAUGGGCACAGCUCCCAAUUACCCCGGAGGAAACGCAAGCCAAGCAAGCAUCUUUGCAAGCAAAGUACUUCCCGCUGUCUCAGCCACUGCCUGGAGUUCGCACUCUUCUGUCUAACCUGGUGUCCACACAAUCCACGGAACACCCCGUGCAUAUUGCUUUGGCAACUUCGUCAAAUAGCAAGAACUUCAAGCUCAAAUCGGGCCACCUCACAGAACUCUUCGCGGCCUUCCCUGAGGUCCACCGGGUUCUAGGUGACGAUCCCCGAAUUGGCAAGGGAAGAGGCAAGCCAUUGCCUGAUAUCUACCUCCUGGCCUUGGAGACUAUCAACGAGAGUCUGCGCAGCAAGGGUGAACAGGAGAUCAAGCCGGAGGAGUGUUUGGUCUUCGAAGAUGCCGUUCCGGGCGUGGAGGCAGGUCGUCGUGCGGGUAUGCAAGUUAUUUGGUGCCCACACCCUGGUCUUUUGGAGACCUACCGGGGCCGGGAGGAAGAGGUUCUUGCGGGUCUGACAGGCUCGCACAAGGAGGCCGAAAAGUCUGCAGCUGAAAAGGAAGCUGAGAAGCUCCAGUCUUCGCGUGUGCAAGGCUCUGGGAUGACUGGAACUCUUGGUGAUGGAUGGGGCCAGCUUGUUGGUACUCUGGAAGACUUCCCUUACGCACAGUUUGGAAUCAAGGUGCCUCAGAACUAG